UCUCUGUCAACGUUGCCCCGUAGUCUCGUUGUGAAAGCGGCUCGAGCUCUGACAGCCUCUCCCUCCAUCCCCAGCUGAUGAAGCCGCUGAAAGAGAGAAGGAUCCGGGGCCGGGACUCGGACACUCUCCGGUGAAACUACGAAUAUUUAAACCGACGACGGGCAGAGAACGUGUGUUAUUUUCCGUGUUCGUGUCGGAUUAUAACGGGGCCAGGCUGCUGCAGCGGGGAGAUGCUGCCAUGCAGGGAGACGUCACUGAUUUAACAGCCGAAAAACACAGACAGGAUAGCAGCAGAGGAUCGAUAACACCACGAAUAAAACCCGGAUCGAUCUGUCAUCACAUGUCCGCAGUUUACCACCGAGGAAGUGAAAAUGUAACCCAUGACUGAGGCUCACCAACAUCCGUUCUGCUCUGGAAAUCUUCACCACUGAAUUAAAGCUUCAGAUCACGUUUUCCAGUCAGCGUGACCAGACGAGAUUUGGGUUUUUGAAUGAGAAAAUACACACGGAUGCUGCUGCAGCUUCCCCAAUGUAUCUCCAUCACCAAGUUAACCAGAUUUCUCUGCAUUUCAAAUCUGAACAGCAAAGUUAAUCCAGAAACUGUGCACCUGACACUCUAAUUCAAGGACUUCUAGUGAUGUUAAAACCUGAAUCUAAACUUCAGAUUUGAGAUGAGGACUCUACUCUUGCACUUGGAAACAGAAUUUGACAAAACAAUCUCACUUUGCACGCAGAAGCUUUCCUUCUUCAUACUUUCUCCUGAGAAUUUGGAGCCUUUUGGCAGGUUUACAAAAAGGAACUUUAAAUGAUACUACUGUCGUACUUGACACUGGAAACUGAGGACGGACAGAGGCUGUAAAAGGAUAAAAACACACCCAGCAUCUCUGAACAAGACUUGUGAAGAAGGGGAACUCUUGGACAGGGUUGUAUGUUGUGAGAAUUAAAAAAGAAUAAGUGCAGUCCACUUUCUGGAUGAGAAAUGACAAAAAUACCUGUGCAAUAAUAAAGGAACAAAAUAAGCCCUUGCAGUAAAUUCAAUCCAAAGAAACUCCUGCACCUUUCACGUGGGACUGAAGAUAUCGAAGCUGUAGUUGUUGUGUUGUUGGUGGAUAUAUUUUUGCGAUGUUGGACCCGGUGAAGAUGAAGGAGGCAUGCAGGAUCUGCGCCCGUGAGCUCUGCGGCAACCAGCGCCGAUGGAUCUUCCACCCUGCAGCCAAGGUGAACCUGCAGGUGCUGCUGUCCCAUGCUCUGGGCCGCGAGCUGACCCGGGAUGGGCGCGGGGAGUUCGCCUGCUCCAAGUGCACCUUCAUGCUGGACCGCAUGUACCGCUUUGACACGGUCAUCGCCCGUGUGGAGGCACUGUCUCUGGAGCGCCUCCACAAGCUGCUGCUGGAGAAAGACCGGCUCAGGCAGUGUAUUGGAGGCCUGUACCGCAAGAACAACGCAGAGGACGGGAGCGUGGCUCCACCUGGGGCUGUGAUGGAGGUGAUUGUGACCGAGGCUGGGUCUGAGGACUCUCCUGUGAUGGAUCUGUCAGCCUUACAGGAUGUGAGAUACUCUGAUAUGAUCCAGGACGACUUGACGUACUCCGUGUAUGAAUCCUGGGCUGAUAAGGAGGACUCCACCCUGGAGCAGCAAACCCACCAACACCACCUCCUGCAUUGCCCAGCAGCAGACCCUCUGUCCGGCCAGAAGCAGAAGCGGUGCAAAGGCUGUGCAGCUCUUCGUGUUGCAGAUUCAGACUAUGAGGCGGUCUGUAAGGUGCCUCGCAGGAUUGGACGUAGGAGCACAUCCUGCGGCCCAUCCACUCGCUACUCACCAUCCAUUCCAGGAGUCGAGGACCCGGCUGAAACCUCCGGAGCUUCUGACACCACGACUGUUGCCUUUGAGUCCUCUUCAGCUGACACUGAUAAGACAUUGUGUAACAGGUCUUGUCCCAGCCCCUCGUCCUCUGUAGAAUCACUUGAAACUGCCGUGGACGUGAGUUGCCCUUCUGCAAACCACAAAGAGAGAGAGGAAACUGAACCAGAGAAAGAUCCCGAAGAGGCUCCAGUGAGGAGGCAGACUCCAUGGGACAAACCUCUGAGUGAGAGCUCCCUCUGUGGGCUUGAGAUGACACUGAGCCUCCUGAGGAGCUGGGAGUACCGGCCUGUGAAGACUCGAAGGGGCAGUAAGCUCCCAGUUCUGAUCAAAUGCAAACUGGACCAAAGCCUGUCCCUGAACCUGCCAAUGCCACCGAGGUCCCCCUAUAGAGGGGUGGGAGACUGUGACUUGUAUGCCCACCAGCAGGUGCCAGAGGUCGUGACCCCGUGUCCCCAGCAGGAGCUUCAGGCGGAGCUGGCCGAGAUGGAGGAGCAGUGGAUGGAUGAUUACUUUAAGUGUGGGCCGUUUCGCUUCCAGCAGAGAAUGAUUGAUGAGCAGCAGGGCCAGCUCGGUCAGUACGAAAGCGCUGCGGGUCAGUGUGUGGGCGAGCUGCAGAAGGCCCAGGACCAGGUCCGCUCGCUGCAGGGAAAGAUCAGAGAGAGCGAUACCAGGAACCAGAAGCUGCAGAAGCGUCUUGGUGAGAUGGAGUUGGAGCUUCGUUCCGCUCAGGAGGAAGCCCAGCGUCAGGAGAGAAACAUCCAGAACAUCACCGACUCAGUCAGCUCCAAAGACGCACAGGCUGCAGAGCUCUACCGCGUCAUCGAGGAACAGAAUAAGAUGCUGUGUUCUCUCAAAGAGCUCGCCAACCGCAACCAGCUGCAGCAGCUGCAGGUUUCAGGAGCAGAGAGCAUCCGGGGUCAGGGUGAGGUCCUGGCUCUGCAGGCAUCUCUCUUCCAGGCUCAGCUGGAGCUGCAGGCUGGUCAGCGAGGGCAGCAACAGGCGGCCAGGUCACAGGAGGACCUGAGACGAGCCCUGCAGAGGCUGGAGAAGGACCUGCAGGGGGCGUUGCAGCACAGGAGGGAGACGGAGAGACACAACCAGGAGCUGCAGCUGGCUCUGGAGAAGGCUCGAUCAACCCUGCAGGAGAGAGAGGAGCAGCUGGGCGAGCGAGAGCAGGACAGACAGAGGGAGGCGGAGGAGAGAGAGAGGACAGUCAGAGAGCUGAAGGCGUCCCUGCUGAGCAAAGAACAGCUGAUAGAGGACUGUGAGCUGUUGGAGGAUCCGAAGGAGAAGAGAGACUCUCUGCUUCAGAAACUCCGUCAGCGAAUCAAAGAGCGAGACCGAGCUCUGGAGCGAGCCGUGGACGAGAAGUUCAGCUGCAUGGAGGAGAAAGAGGAGGAGCUUCGUCGUCUUCAUCUGCUGCUCAGAGAGAAAGAGAGAGACCAGGAGAGGCAGCGUUGUGUGCUCACCAACAAUGAGGAGACCAUCACUAGCCUGGAGGUGCUGCUGCGCGGUAAGGCUCUGGAGCUGGAGCAGGUGUGUGACGCCUGGAGGAACGUGCAGCGGCAGCAGCAGGAGAGCGAAGAGAGGCAGAGCCGGGUCCUGAGAGAGAGAGACGGCAUCAUUGGCCAGCUGCAGGGGGCGCUGCACGGUCGCACGCAGGAGGCUCAGGACCUGCGCUGCUCCCUCCUUGCUCGUAUCCAAUCAGCUCCCAGCGAGGUCCUGGAGGAGUUAAAGGUCCGCCUCCAGCUCAAGGACCGUCUCUUCCAGGAGGUGCUGGCUGACCGGACGCGGCAGGCUCAGGAGCACCAGGAGCAGGUCCAAGAUCUGCUCCAAACCAUCAGCUCCAGGGACCAGUACAUCCAGGAGUCUGCGAGCCGGCUCGAUGAGGUGAUGACGGAGCAGACAAAGAGGCUCCAGGAGCUCCGCAGACAGCUGAGCUCUGGUGUGGGAUCGAGGUCCGACUCUGGUCCAGACUCGGCUGUGGAGAUCCAGGCCCUGCAGGAGGAGCUGUGCCUGGCUCUGAGGAGGGAGAAGGAGAGCCAGGAGCUGAGCAGGAGUCAGAAUAACAGGGUGGAGUCGCUCAUCAGGACACUGCACGUGAAGGAGGAGAUCAUCAGGGACUUCCAGAGUCAGAUGGUGGACCCCUCAGCUCUCCCUCUAGUGGAGCGGUUGACUCAGGAAGUCCAGGAGCUGAGAGAGAGCCUGUUCCAGCAGGAGGGUCCCCCAGCCCGGGGGCCCGUCCUAGGUCGGGACCGACCCAGCAGCAGGCAGCCUGAGUUUGGAGAGCUGAGCUCAGAGUACGAAGACGAGGCUGAGGAGGAUUUGAACAGCGAGUACACGGAGAGUGUGGAUGAAGACGAGUCCAAACUGAGGCUCCACACCAAGAUCUCUGGAGCUGCAGGGAAGUCUUCCUCCACCGACAUGUUGUUCGAGGGUCAGGGUCUGCUGGAGGUCAAACAGCUGGUGGAGCAGAAGCGGGUGGUGGAGAGAGAGCUGGGAGAGCUGAAGGCUCAGCUGGCGAAGGCCGGCUUCUCCUCGCUGUCACAGAUGAGGAAAGCUCUGUUCAGUCUGCAAGCAGAGAACGAGGAUUUAAAGCAUCACCUGCAGCCUGACAGCAAGCAGAGGGAUGAACAGAAGAUGAUGGAAGGAGAGGAGGAGGGGGAGGAGGAAGAGGAGGGGGAGCUGGAUGUGACCAUAGAAGGGGUGGAGGAGGAUGAAGAGGAGGAGGAGAGCUCUGGGAUGUGGGACGCAUGGGACACCGAGCUGUCUCUGUCUCAACACGAUCAGAGAGUCGACACCAGGCCGGAGACUCUGCAGCUGCAUGACAACGCCUCCUCACAGGAGGGUGCAGACAGCGAGCUUUCAGCCGCUCAGUCCCCAGGGAAGUGUGAGAAGACGGUUCGUCUGCAGCAGAAGAGCAAAGAGCUGCGGGAGAGACUGAUGGUGUCUGAAGCCACGGUGCAGGCUCAGGCCGAGCAGCUCAAAGACUACAGGGAGCUGCUCACGGAGACAGCUGUGAAGCAGGACAGUAAGCAGAUCCAGGUGGACCUGCAGGAUCUGGGCUAUGAGACGUGUGGCCGCAGCGAGAACGAAGCUGAGAGGGAAGACACCAGCAGCCCAGAAUUUGACGACCUGGAGAUGUGCACGUCUCUGGACUGCAGCUCUCAGUGGUGGCCUUCCAGCAGCAGCAGCUCCACCUUCACUAAAACCACCACCCAGACCCAGAGCUCCGGAUACGGAGAGGACACGUCGUCUCUGCAGCGCCUGGUGGAGGACCUCCGCUCCCAGCUGUCCCGCUCUCAGGCGGUGAUACGCGGACUCCAGAGCCGGCUCCGCUCCCUCUCGUCGUCCAGUGACUGCGGACCAUCCACACCCAGAAAAGUCAACUGGUCCUUCCAGGCCUCGCCUUCCCAGAGCGGGGCGGAAGAGGACGAGGGCUGGCAGUCGUCUGAUGGAGGUCCUUUAGCUUCUCCACGACACCCCAACCCUGACAAAGGCCUGCAGGAGCUGAUGUCCAGAGUGGGCGCUCUGGAGGACCAGCUGAUGAAAGGAGGCAAGAAGGCAACCAGCGAGGACACAAAGUCUGCAACCUGGCCGGGUAAAUUCGACUCUCUGAUCAAGGCUCAGGCCAGAGAGCUGUCUCACCUCCGCCAGCGUCUCAGAGAGGGUCGGGGCGUGUGUAACAUCCUCACCCAGCACCUGGGCGACACUACCAAAGCCUUCGAGGAGCUGCUGAGGGCCAACGACAUCGACUACUACAUGGGCCAGAGCUUCAGGGAGCAGCUGGCUCAGAGCGGGGCGCUUGCACAGAGAGUCAGUGCCAAGAUCAGCAACCGAGAUCACGCUGAAGAUCCAGAUGAGAAGACAGAGCUGCUCGCCAUCCGGCUGAGUAAGGAGCUUCAGCAAAAGGACAAAGUCAUAGAGUCUCUCCGUGCUAAACUAAACCAGCAUCACAACCACCAUCAUCCUCAUCGCUCUGACACGCCCUGCAGCAGCCAUGCUCUCUCCGACACCACUGACCAAUCCGAUCGCAUUUCUUAUGUGUCUGAUGAGCAUGGAUCGAUUAACGAGGACCUGGAGCUCUGCUCUGAUGUGGAUGCUGUCAGUGAGCUCGGGCAGAAGGAAACUCAGAAUUCCACCAAACUCAGCACGGAUUGCCUCUCUCACAGUGGCUCCAUGUCCCAUCACCCGUCUGCCCCUCCAUCCAUCACCUCAUCCCACAGAGCCCAAUCCUGCCAUAGCUGUCCCAGCAUGCACUGCUCCAACUCACCAUUUCAAAGUGCAGACCUGCAGAGUCUCACAGCUCCAGCUUCAGCCUUCACCUUUCAGCCUCCCCCCUCCUCCUCCUCCUACACUCAGAGGGUCCCUUUGCCCUUCCAUCCUCACCCUGCACCCCUGAGAACCCGUUACCAAGCCAGUGGGGGAGCUGGUUUCUCCCUGGCUGAGGUGCAUCAGGAGCUGCAGAUGUUACAGAGGCAGCUUGGAGACUCUGAGAGGUUUUCGACCCCUCAGUCCAAACCUCUUCAGGGUUUCCCCUACACUCACCAGCAGCCCGAUCACUCUGCCUUCCUCCCACUCUCCUUCCACGGUUACCAGCCGUCUCCUUUCGGCAGCGCCAUCGGCAGCAGUAUGGACGCCAGCUCAGCAAUGAAAGCUGGGGCUGGUCUGCUGGAGAGCAGUGCAUUGUGGGAUAUGGCUUAUGGACCCCGACCCGUCAGGCUUGGCGCUGACUUGUCUUCAGGAUCGUCUGGUUACCAGUCAGGCACCAGUAACACAGGUUCAGACCUGAUGAAGGAGCACCUGAGGGAGAUCAGGAGUCUGAGACAGAGACUGGAGGACUCCAUCCAGACCAACGACCGCCUCAGACAGCAGCUGGAGGAGAGACUGGCCCACACCACUACUGAGAAAGGUGCUCCUACCAACAUCUACAUCCAGGGUCUGGACUCGGUCAGCCAGCUGUCCAGUGAGAUCAGACUCUUGAAGGAGGAGAACGUCAGCCUGCAGAACCAGCUGAAACAGGCCACUAAAGAGGGCAGUAAGGAAGCCGAGCAGCUGAAAGAGGCGGCCCUCCUGGACCGAGCCAGGUUGAAGGAGGCGGAGCUAGAGGCUGUGAGGUGGGCGGAGCAAAUCAGGAACCAGCAAAGUGAAGUAGAGGCCAGAGGUGAAGAGAUUUCACAGCUGAAACAGGACCGACAGAGGAACCAGGAGGCCAUCAACAGACUGCAGCAUGAGGUGAGCGUCCUCCAGCAGCAGUUGUCUGAGAGCCGCAGUUUGGUCCACUCUCUUCAGUGUGAGCUGCAGGUGUAUCACAGAGUGUGUGGAGUCCCACCAAACACGUGCACAGGUAAAGCUGGGGAAGGUUCCCAUCUUGCACACAGCAGUGCAACCUUUGACCCCAGAGAGCUGCAGAUUCAGCUGGAGCAGCAGCUGAGUGGACAGGUUGACGCACAACCUCGAUCCAGGAGGAAACUCUUCAACGAAAACGUUCCCUCACCUCCUGUGAGAGACACCGGGCUCAUCAGUCCCUCCUCUCCUCCGCACUCUGCUCAAAAACAAAGAGAGGAAACUGGAGGUCCUGAUCAAGCAGCCUCGUCUCUGCAGGGUCAGGCUCCUGACGGCUCGUUUGCCAACCGUCACGGCCGCCACGCCGUGGGCCACAUCGAUGACUUCAAGGCUCUGCAGCAGCAGAUCCUGGAGGGCAGCGCUCUCCUCCGAAAGAUGGAGGUCACAGUGUGUUCUCUGAGCACGACGCAGGAGUUCAGCUUUCAUCAGCUUUCAGACUCCGGCUGUGUCAGGAAGCUGCUGUCUGACACUAAAACCCUGAGACAGAUCCUGGAGGAGUCAGACUCUCUGCUCCGAAUGUUCUGGAGAGCGGCUCUGCCCGACAACACAGAAACCAAACAGGAUCAGGCUCUGAGGGAGGAGGUCGUCUCUCUUCGUCUGAGGCUCUCAGAAAAAGAGGAGGCUCUCAAGGACGCCGUGGAGAGAGUGAAGAGCUCCGACCGCACCAAAGAUAACAUGGAGCACUUUAUAGUCAGCCAACUGUCUAGGACCCGGGACGUGUUGAGGAAAGCAAAGACAAACCUGCAGGAGAACGAGCUCAGGAUUUCCUCCCUGCGCCCUGCCUCUUUCCCCAUUCCCCCUUCCUCCCCCUCCUCCUCUUCUUUUUCCUUCUCCUCAUCCUCUUCCUCACACCCCUGGUUGAGCAAAGGUGAACACGCCAGAGGCUUCUGUGAACUCGCCUUCUCUCCUGGUUGGGGUGUCGUGAGGCCUCUGACUUCCUCCACCUCCUCCUCCUCUGCUGUCUAGGGAGCAGCUCACCACCACCAGCGCCCCCUGCAGUCAGUCUUCCUUUUAGUGCACCAGCCCCGAGUUCCUCAUCAUGCACCAUCGUCGUCUGUUGGGGAAGAUGCUGGAAGGUUCUUGCUCUCUUAUUGGCUGGGGAAACAUUUCAGUUGA